AUGGCACCUUAUCACACGGAAUGGGAAGAGUACGUUAAGCCCUUUCGAAAGAAUCGGCGUCUGCUUGUCGCCCGUAAUAUUGACUUCAAUGCUACUCGGGCCGAAUUCGAAGACAAUGUCCGAGCUAAGCUCACCAAGCCCGGCUCCGUCAUCUUCCUCUGGCCGCCGGCUCCAGCCCAAUACAACAGCUUGAAUAAGCAUACAGGCUCGAGGAUGCUGGGGAGUUCCGCGGCCGCCGAGUCAGAAUCGACCGAGCAAGCAUGGUUGCGGCGAGUCUCCGGAUCUACUCUUUUUUCUCCUUUAUCUCCUGUUGGAGACACUGCUCAUUGCAAAUGCCAGUAUACCCCAAGCUUCGCCAACAGACGGGAGGCUGCUCUGCCAAACGUUGCUCCCCCGAACGUUGCUUCCCACAACGCUGCCCCUCCAAACCCCGUUCCUUCCAUGGCUCCCGCCGUCCUUGGUCCCGCGACCUCUGCUCCAAGGACUGCUGAUGUCGAUCUCCCCGAACAGUCCACUUCGGGCCAUGGCUCUGCCUCCCGCGUUCAGACAAGGGAGGAUAGAGGCAAUACGAAGACAAAGACGCGGACCAGAACCAAGAAGAUGACGACCACGAGGUGUAUCUGGACGACUAAGAACGGCAAACCUCAAUCUCCUACAGACAUGACUCCCCACGGCAAAUAUCAGGAGCUGUUUGCAAAGACACAAUUCAACAAUCACGAAGAUGACAAGCAUAGUGGUCUUAUUUGGAGCGGUCGAUGGACGGUACACGCAGCCUUGCACAGCGCAUUCAUCCGCUUGCCUCCCAAGUACAUUGUGCAUUCCGAUGCAGAUAUAGAUGUUAGUAGUGCACAAGACUAUGAAGUUGUCAGGCGGUACCGCAAGAUAUUCCAAGAGCCAGUUCACAUUUCGCUUGAGCAAGAUCGGGUAUCUCAGACACGAGUCAUGAUGUCGAUCCAGAGUCUUCCAGAAGAGUUGAGCUUUGGGACGUUGGUAAGCGCCCCAACCGUGCUCAUCAUGGGUGUCACACUUCGGAACUCUUCUUCGGAAUGCGAACUGAUUGGUGGAGGCUCUCGGGCAUACCACAAUCAACAGAAUGCGACGCUCUCCCUUGCGUCAGAGACUAGCGUCUAG